GAGAUCCGCUUCCCUAAAAUGGUGACCAACUGUUGCCGCUUCUUGUGCUACUUCUGCCGCAUCAGUCGCCAGAACCAACGCUCCAUGUUUGACCAUCUCAGCUACCUGCUGCAGAAUAGCGGGAUCGGGCUGGGCAUGCGAGGAUCCACCCCCUUGGAUGUGGCUGCAGCUUCAGUCAUCGAUAACAAUGAGCUGGCCCUGGCUUUGCAGGAGCAAGAUCUGGAAAAGGUGGUGACCUACCUUGCUGGCACGGGCCUCCAAAGCUGUCCCAUGUUGCUCUCCAAGGGAUAUCCUGACAUUGGUUGGAACCCUUGCGGAGGCGAGCGUUACCUGGAUUUCCUGCGCUUCACCGUCUUCGUCAAUGGUGAGAGCGUGGAGGAGAACGCCAAUGUGGUGGUGCGCCUGUUGAUCCGUCGUCCUGAGUGCUUUGGCCCGGCCCUGCGUGGGGAAGGAGGCAACGGCUUGCUGGCGGCCAUAGAAGAAGCCAUCCAGAUCUCUCAGGAUCCUGCCCGGGAUGGGCCGACCGUCAAGAAAGAUCGCCGGAGGGAAUU